CUUCAAUGAAGGGCAAAGGGAGCAAGAGCUCUUCGUCACGGGCGGGCGAGGCAGAGAGUUUUAGCCGAGUAUGAGAGGAGAGGAGGAAGGAAGGAAGGAAGCCACCGCUUGAUUGCCUGCUGCCAAUGCCUUCCAUUCCGUCUGCGUGCCGGGGUCUUCGGUCGUAGAUGCGAAGCUGCGUCUGGUCAGGGAGCGAUGGUGCUGCAACCGGCGCCUCUCUUGCUCCUCUGGGCUGGGCUGGGAUCCUUGCUGCCGGGGCCCCGCCGCGGCUCCUCCAGGCACUCCCUGUGCUAUUCCUAUCUGGAGGUGUCAGAGUCCAGCCAGGGGCUGCCCCAGUUCCUCUCCAUGGUCUACCUGGCUGACCAGCCCAUUGCUCGAUAUGACAUUCCCACAAGGAGGAUGGUUCCUCUGGUGCCCUGGAUGGAGGCGGAGGAGGUGAAGACAUUUGUGGUACCUGAGAGGGUGUUCAGAGCUGACCUGGAGUGGUUAUCAGAACUCAACCACCAGACUGGAGGGCUUCACACCUGGCAAGUAAUUUUGGGCUGUGAGCUCAGGAAAGACGGGAGCAAAGGAGGGUUUUUCCACUACGGCUACGAUGGGAUGGACUUCAUCAGCUUCGAUAAGGAGACCCUCAGAUGGGUGGCAGCUCAGCCCCAGGCCCAGAAGGUCAAGCAGAAGUGGAAGAAGGAUCCAGGGUCGUCUGAGAGAAACAAAUUCUUCCUGGAGAAGACCUGCAUUGAGUGGCUACAGAAAUGUCUGUCCUACCAGAAGGUGGCUCCAAAGAAGAUAGAGCCUCCGGUGGGGAAGGUGACUCGCAAGUUGGUGAAUGACAGCCUGGAGGUCCUCAUCUGCCAGGCCUUUGGCUUCUACCCCAAGGAGAUCCAGGCCACCUGGACGAGGGACAGAGAGGUCUGUGAAUACGAGACCCUUCCUAGGAAUGUGGUCCCCAACUCAGAUGGGACCUAUUAUGUCUGGCUCAGUAUUGAGAUCGACCCCAAGGAGAGGGACUAUUUUCGGUGUCACCUGGAGCACGAGGGCUUGCAGGAGCCCCUGGUCUUGGCAUGGGAGGAGGAAGCAGAUACGUCGUCGUUUUUUUUGGCGGGAAUGGUGAUUGUCAUAAUCUGGGCAUUGGUGAAUCCCUUCCUGAUCUGCUACGGGCUGAAGUACAGGAAGAAACUUCAUCAGGCAGUGAAAACUCGCCCUGAUUACCUUCCUUUAGAAAAACUUCGUUCUUCCUCUACUUACGGCACUGAAGAUGAGGUUCAAUCAGCAGGAAUGCUCCCACCCAAAAUGACACCACAGGGUUGCUGCAGGCAGAAGACAGAGCUAAGGAAAGGAGAGAAAACACCUCUGAUGGCUUCCCCGGAUGCCUAUUUAGACAGUGUGGAAGGACCAACUCCGGGGACUUCGAAAUGGGGCCUGGAGGAAUGUCUAGAAGAUGCCGAGGCCACCAAGCCAGAAAUGGAUGGGCUGGAGGAAGCAGUGAGGCCAGGAACCUCAGAGGAACAAGCAGAUGAGCAGCUGGCUGGAGAGGAAAGGGGAGAGAGAGAGAGACGCAGCUGCAGCUGGAAGGCUCACACACAGAUCCACCCAGAAGCCCAGGAUGGAGAAGAAUUGCAGCUGCAGCUGAUCAGCAGAGAUGAUGAGAAACCGCCUCCUCCACCAUAGGACUGAAUGGAGGGAGGCACAAUGGAGGUCAGUGAGGCUAAUUGCAAGGAGGCAGCCUCUUUCCUCCUAAGGAGCUACAUGCCUACUUAGCCUGACAUUUCGACAAUACAGCAUUAGAAACCACCACACAUUUUCCCUGCCAUGCAGGUACUGUAACUCCGUGACUGCUAUUCAUGUGACUUCGGAUCUGUGCUUCAUGUUGCCUCCAUUUGGAUUUCGGACCUGCUUCUCAGACUUUGGAUUUGCAAUUGUGGGUUCUGAACCAUGCCUGAAUUUUUCACUGUGUGUGUGUGUGUGUGUGUGUGUGUGUGUGUGUGUGUGUGUGUGUAUUUGGGGACUUAUCCCUUUCCCUGGGCUCUCUGCAAUUCUCUGCCUAGGCUGCACAACCUCGGAUUCAGUGGAAUUUUGCAGGAGGUGUGAAUGGGACCUGGGGAACACUAUAAGGGGCUUCGCCCUCAUUUUGUUUUGGACCUGAUCAGGGUCAAACUCAGAUCAUCUCCUGCCCUAAUUCCACUAAGACCAAAUUAACCCUUUAACUGUGGCCAGGGAAGGUGCCAUUUCCUUUCGUUACUUUUAUUUUCCCCACUAAAAGCAAACUCUCUUUUUGGGGGGGGGGGAAGGCAACCACUCUCAACCCCAAUAUGGUUUCCUUAAACAGAAGGGCAGCACUUCUUUCCAGGUGCUGAAAAUUCUUCCCAGGUCAGCCUCCCAUUCUGAUUGUUCCUGGUGGUCUCGCAUCCCAUCCAUGGAAAGACAAAGCAGGGCAGCCCUCCUUAUUUCAGGGGCCCAUCCAGGAGUGAAAUCCAGCAGGUUCUGGAGAACCGGUAGCGGAAAUUUUUGAGCAGUUCGGACAACCGACAUAUACCACCUCUGGCUGGCCCCAGAGUGGGGUGGGAAUGGAGAUUUUGCAGUAUCCUUCCCCUGCCAUGCCCACCAAGCCACACCACACCCACCAAGCCACGCCCACAGAACCGGUAGUAAAAAAAAUUGGAUUUCACCACUGGGCCCAUCGCUCCAAAGUGGAUGGGGGGGCACACUCCAGGUCUCUUCCCUUAAGUAUUGCCCUCUUGUGGGUUGUCAGAAGCCUGACUUUUCUGUUACAGCCCCUGUCCCAUGGAACAGGGGUCUCCAACCUUGGUCCCUUUAAGACUUGUGGACUUC